AUGAGAUGCUCCGGAGGUGAUGGGAAGCUGGAGGUGGGGGUUGUGGGUGCGGUGGUGAAGGGCAGAGAGGCGGUGGGAGUCAGAGAUGAGGGACUGGGAUGGGGUGGGGAAUGGGGUUUUGUGGAGGAGUGGGAGUUUGAGGAAUUCAGUGCUGGUGGAGAGAUCUGGGAGGGUGAGGAGAACGGUGAGGAAGAGAGAGAGGAGAAAGACUGGUGGGGAGAGAGAAGACAGUAA